AUAAGCCCAGAGGAGGUGGGGGAAAGGCCAGUGUUUACAAACAUGGGUCACCUGAGUCUGAGCGGCACCGAAAGCGGUCUGGGGGAGGGGCGAGCCUGGAUCCUGUGGAUUUGCGACCAAGGGCUCUGUCUCUGGCCCAACCCCACUGAAGGGGUAUGGGGAGAGGGCCCAGAGAAGGGAGGGAGUGGGCGCUGCUCAGAUGCUGGAGCACGUGGCCCAAGGUGUGGGCCAAAUGCAAACUCUGCAAUUCAGAGUGCUCCAGGGGCGACCUUUUGGCUGGCGGGACCUCCGCGGGGCCCCCUGGCCUGGUCGUCUGGGGGCCAGGGGCCGACCGGGUCAGGGACCGCCUGAGGGAGAGACCAAGUCUCACAAGUUCCUUCCCCCUCACAGCCAAAGAGGGUCCCGCAGAAAGACCCCGCAGUCCUGGAGAAGGGGAGUUGCCCCUCAGCCCCUGCCCCGCCGCGGCCGCUCCCGGCCCCGCGUGCGGCGCUGGGAAAGGGGUGUCGGGUUACCAGCGCGGGGGCUCUAGUUACCCUCGGGAACCUUGCUUUCAGCCGGACUCCGGGGACAGCGCAGCGCCCGCCCGAGCCCUCGGCGCUACCUCCUGCUCGCGGCCUCCGCAACCUUCAGGGAUGGCACUGGCGUCACUGAUGAUGGCCCUCGGCUGCCUUGGCCUCCACACCUGGCAGGCCCAGGCUGUUCCCAUCCUGCCCCUGGGACUGGCUCCAGACACCUUUGACGAUGCCUAUGUGGGUUGUGCAGAGGAGAUGGAGGAGAAGGCAGCCCCCCUGCUAAAGGCGGAAAUGGCCCACCAUGCCCUGCUUCGGGAAUCCUGGGAGGCAGCCCAGGAGGCCUGGGAGGACAGGCAUCGAGGGCUCACCUUACCCCCUGGCUUCAAAGCCCAGAAUGGAAUAGCCAUUAUGGUCUACACCAACUCAUCUAACACCUUGUACUGGAAGUUGAAUCAGGCCGUGCGGACAGGCGGAGGCUCCCGGGAGCUCUACAUGAGGCACUUUCCCUUCAAGGCCCUGCAUUUCUACCUGAUCCGGGCCCUGCAGCUGCUUGGAGGCGGUGGGGGCUGCAGCACAGGGCCUGGGGAGGUGGUGUUCCGAGGUGUGGGCAGCCUUCGCUUUGAACCCAAAAGGCUGGGGGACUCUGUCCGCUUAGGCCAGUUUGCCUCCAGCUCCCUGGAUAAGGCAGUGGCCUGCAGAUUUGGUAAUGCCACCCUCUUUUCUCUAACGACUUGCUUUGGGGCCCCUAUCCAGGCCUUCUCUGUCUUUCCCAAGGAGCGCGAGGUGCUGAUUCCCCCCCAUGAAGUCUUCUUGGUCACCAGAUUCUCUCAGGAUGGAGCCCAGAGCCUGGUGACUCUCUGGAGCUAUAAUCAGACCUGCAGCCACUUUAACUGCGCCUAUCUGGGUGGGGAGAAGAGGCGGGGCUGUGUGUCUGCACCAGGGGUGCAGCCAGUCACAAUCUGAGGGGGCCUCCUCUCUGCCCCCCUGGAAGACCCUGCUCUUGGCCCCUGGGGAGUUCCAGCUCUCAGGGAUUGGGCCCUGAAACUCCAACAUCUGCCACUUAGGAGCCCUGGGAACGGGUGACCUUCAUAUGAAGAAGAGGCGCCUCCAACAGCCUUGAGAAGCAAGAACGUGGUUCCAGACCCAGCCCUAGCAGCCUUCUCCCCAACCAGGAUGUGGGGCUGGAGAGGCCACGGCAGGGCUGAGGGAACUCUGCUAUGUGGUGGGGACUUCCCGGGACAAGCAAGGGAAGUACUGAGGCAGCCACUUGAUUGAACGGUGUUGCAGUGUGGAGACAUGGAAUUUUAUUGAGGCAGCCACUUGAUUAAAAGGUAUUGCAGUGUGGAGACAUGGAA